AUGCAAAUCGGUAGAGGGCGGGGCAACGGGGCCCGCGUCACCAAAGUCGGAGCUUCGGACUCCAGAUCUCCCUUCACCGCAAAUGACAUCAGGGAGAUAAGAGAUAGCGGCUCGGUUUUCUUUCUUGGGUACCUUUUUGCUCCUUCGCCCCUGAACUCCCCAAUGGAAGCGACUGAAAAGCGCAAAUUCGCCGGGGAUGAUGGCGAUGCCUCCAAUACUCCCAAAAGGAGGGUAAUGGGGCCUUCGAUGCCCCCGUCGACAUCGGCGCAACCCGAACACGAUAGGGCGCUCAGUGGCACGGAUGGAUCAGACAGUGAAAGCGACGACGACUUCGGACCCAGUCUACCUCCUCCUGCCGGUGUGAUGGUAGCACCUGUGGAAACCGCUCAACCAGCUUCGUCCGCCCCUGAGAAGAAGGAGAACAAGCGCGACGACUGGAUGAUGGCACCGCCUGACGGAAGCGACUGGGCUAGCAAAAUCGAUCCUACACAGAUUCGGAAACUUGAUUCAUCGUGGGUGGAAACACCAGAGGAAAGGAUGCGACGCUUGGGAGAUGCCGUGAUGGGAGUUGGCGCGCCAUCUAGUGACAAGCAGCCCAAAGCCUCCAGCACAGCCCGCGAUCAGUCUAUGGAAGAGAGGAUCAAAAAAUAUAAUAGUGGCAAGAAAAGUCGCCUCGAAAGUUCCGAAGCUCGCAAAGAGGAGGACGAUGACCCGAGUGCGCGUGCAUUUGAUCGUGAAAAGGACAUGGCGGUCGCAUCCAAGAUCUCCAAUGCGAAGCGGCGGGAAAUGGUCAGUAAAGCAAGCGACUAUAGCUCUCGCUUCACCAAGGGCAAUUACCUCUAA